AUGUUCUACAACGUCACGGCCACGGACGAGGAGAAUGACCCGCUGACCUACUCCAUCACAACCAAGCCUCCAGUCAACUACUUCACCAUUGGCUACGCUGAUGGAAUCAUCAAGACCACGACUGACCUGAGGACAGCUACGGUUGACCACAUCGUCAUGACAGUCUCGGUCACGGACGGCUACAACAUAGUGGACAACUUCAACAUCGUCAUCACCAUCGCCAAUUUGAACACAAGACCAGAGAUAACAAAUCUGCCUCAAACCUUCUCCAUCCCCGAGACCACAGCCAGCGGCUUCACUAUCACCACCCUCGAUCUGUAUGAUCCGGACAUUUACGUCAACCAGCUGGUGCCUAUUUGUACAGUGGUCCCUGACGCCGAGCAGUUCAAGUUCACUUAUGAUCCUGGCACCCGCCGGAUCAGACUGUCUACUGCGGUCAACGCCCCCAUGCCGCUGGACUACGAGACCACCAACCUGUAUGUGAUCAACUGUAAGGUCACUGAUGGCUUUUUGGAUUCCCAGAAUGACACGGCGACGGUGAAAAUUGUGAACGUCAACGAGGCGCCAUAUUUCGACGAGCUGGCCUAUUAUUGUGAACUUUUCGAGAGUAAUGCCGCCGUCUCCACCUGUUACCUUGACGCCGUCAUUGUUGACCCGGAAGGAGAUCGAAUAGUCAGUGUAGGCUUUAUGAGAGGCAACAAUAGCCAGAGGUUCCGCUACGACCGGUCCAGUACAGCAGUGACCUUCACCGUCGACUAUGACGUGGAUCUGGAUCUCAUGCCCAUGGAAGUCGUUCUCCAGUUACAGGCUAUCGACGUCUAUGGCGCUUCCAGCAAUGUCGCAGUCUACAUCACGGUCCGUGACAUCAAUGACAACACUUGCGACUUCAGGUCCACCUCGUUGAAUAUAUUCAGGGCUGACCAAAGCACUAAACUAGGCAGUCUAGGCACAUUUUACGCCAUCGACGAUGACCGGACGUCCCCCAACAAUUUGGUGUCCUACCAGGUGAAACAAGCCCUACCUGCAGAUUCACUCAACUACAUCGCUGCAUACAGUGACGGCUCACUGGGUUACAUAGGAGAAAUCCCGCCAGAAAACAGUGGUAGAAGCUACAGCCUCGUUGUCGAAUGUAGAGAUGGCGGCGUGCCUCAAAGGACUGCAGAGGGAACUAUUGUCCUCACAUACCAGACAACCACAACAAGCAGUACUACACCAACAACAACAACUACAACAACAACGACGACAACAACCACAACAACACCGAGAACCACGACAACUACGACGACACCGGCCCCAAGCACAAACAUUUUUGACAAUGACGCUUUUGUGGCUAUUUUUGCCAUUCUGAUGACCAUCUUGGCACUGGGGCUUCUCGUGGGCUUGUACUUCCUGCUGAGGCUCUGUGGCGUCUUCGGGGCACUCGGGACGCUGUCCAGUGUGGCUCCUGCUGCUGCUGAAGCGGCUGCUGAAGGUGUUGAAGAGCUAGGAGAAGCUGCAACUGCUGCGCCAAAAGCCUCAAGAGGAUGUGCUGAUUUUUGCUGUCCCAAGCCCCCGCCGCCUAAAAAGGAGCAAUACUUCAACAUGGAUGUCCGAACCAACAACGACUUCAGAGACACCUACUGGAAGAAAGAUGACCGGUACGAAACUGGAACAGGCUAUAACCCCCAGGGAGACCCAUACGACAAAGCUUUGGGGUUCGGACCCAGGCGCCUAGCGCUUCCCGCUCCUAAAUCGCUCAGACGAUACUAG